AUGCGGUUCGGCGAGCACCUUCAAUCUUCCAUGAUCCGGGAGUAUCAUCCCUACUAUAUCGCCUACGAUGAGCUCAAGAAGGCCCUCAAAACCGAUUUCGUCACCCAGCCAACCCCCGACAAUUUAAAACCCGCCCGUCGAGAUUGGACCGAGGACGACGAGACGCAUUUUGUCACUCUCCUCGAAAGCGAGCUCGAGAAGGUCUUCAUUUUCCAGAAGCAGAAGAGUGAAGAAAUUGUAGAGCGCAUCAAGGCCAGCGAGGUUGAUGUUAACGAAGUUGUCUCUCUCCUCGAUAACCAGACUGGCGCCCGCCGCCACCCUGCGCCGCCGCCCACAGACGACGAUUUCCUGCGAUUAGAGCAAAUCCUCAGUGACAUCAUCGCUGAUGUACACGAUCUGGCCAAGUUUACCCAGCUGAACUAUACUGGCUUCCAGAAAAUCAUCAAGAAACAUGACAAAGAAACCCAAUGGCAUCUAAAACCUGUGUUUGCAGCCCGUCUUAAUGCGAAGCCUUUCUUCAAAGAUAACUACGAUGCUUUCGUGAUCAAGCUCUCCAAACUCUAUGAUCUGGUCCGCACGAAGGGUAACCCAGUCAAGGGUGACUCCUCUGCCGGUGGAUCCCAGCAAAACUUCGUACGACAGACCACAAAGUACUGGGUCCAUCGCGAUAACAUCACGGAGCUGAAGCUGGUGGUCCUCAAGCACCUGCCAGUGCUAGUGUUCAAUGCCAGCAAGGAGUUUGAGGAGAAGGAUACGGCCAUUUCGUCUAUCUACUUCGAUAACACUAAGACUUGGGAGCUGUACCAGGGUCGAUUGAAGAAAACUGAGGGCGCAGAAGCAAUCCGACUUCGCUGGUAUGGCGGCAUGGAGAGCGACCAGAUCUUUGUGGAACGCAAAACGCAUCGCGAAGAUUGGACUGGCGAGAAGUCCGUCAAGGCGCGCUUUGUUCUCAAGGAGAAGAACGUCAAUGCGUACCUGGAAGGUCGCAUGACCGUGGAGCAGAUCUUUGAGAAGAUGCGUAAGGAGGGCAAGAAGAGUGAGGCAGAGAUCGAUGAUCUUGAGCAAUUGGCCCGUGAGAUCCAGUACCGGGUCCUCACCCGUCGUCUGGAGCCAGUCACUCGUACUUUCUACCACCGUACGGCAUUUCAGCUUCCCGGUGAUGCCCGUGUGCGUAUCUCUCUCGAUACGGAACUUACCAUGGUUCGCGAGGACAACUUGGACGGCCAACGCCGCUCCGGAGAUAACUGGCGUCGUAUGGAUAUUGGAGUCGAUUUCCCCUUCUCUCAGCUGCCUCCCGAAGAUAUUGAUCGAUUUCCCUAUGCGGUGCUGGAAGUGAAGCUGCAGACUCAGGCUGGCCAGGCGCCGCCUCAGUGGAUUCGCGACCUGACCUCUAGUCAUCUGGUGGAAGCAGUGCCCAAGUUCAGUAAAUUCAUCCACGGAACGGCUACCCUGUUCCCAAUUCGUAUCAGCUUGCUUCCCUUCUGGUACCCUCAGAUGGACGUGGAUAUUAGAAAGCCGGCCAGCCGACACUAUGGUAUUCAGCGGCCAGCGACCAGCACAUCGAUAUCUGCCAACGAUGAUGACUCGGACGACGAUGAGACUCCUCUAGAUGACGGCUCAGUAACCGUUUUCAAUGGAGAACCCACCACCCAUCGUCUUUUCUUCCCAGGGACCAAUGGAAACGAGCUGGACAUCGAGGAACGCAUUGCAGUUGAGCCUCUAGCGGGUGAAGAAGAUUACCCUAUCUAUGAUUCUGACGAUGAAUACGACGACGAUGAGCUUGAGGAAGCCCGUCGUGUUGGAGGUGCCUACUACGUCGAGCAGUUGGUUAAGCACUACGUGUGUAAAGCUGGUUCUUUUGCCGCGCAGGGCCUGUUCGCCGUGAUCCCUCGCCCACGACCCACUUCACUCCCCGCCCCAGAGCAGCGUGGUAUCGCCGUAAUGCCCGGUACCAAGCGCUCUUUAAAGCGCUUCCAUGCGCCUCCAGGCAAGCGUAUCUUCGUCCCCGUCCGUGUCGAGCCUAAGGUUUACUUUGCCGCCGAGCGAACCUUCCUCUCCUGGCUCGAGUUCUCCAUCAUCCUGGGCGGUAUUGCCGCCGCCCUCCUGAACUUCGGAGUUGACCUUACCACCCUAAUUUCCGCAUGGUCUUUCACCAUCCUCGCUGCCAUGGCCCUAGUCUAUAGCUUGAUGCUGUACAUGUGGCGUGUGGACAAAAUCCGCAAGCGUCGUGACGUCAAGCACGUCUACUAUGAGAAGUGGGGACCUACCUUCGUCAGCAUUGGUCUCGUAGCGGUCGUUCUAAUCAACUUCAUUCUUCGGAUUCGUGCUGGCGGGUUCAUGUCUAAGGAUGACCCGAGCCGCAAUCGUGGCCACCAUGAGCUAUAG